GAUAACGCCAGCUCUACGAACAUAAAACCCCAAAUCAACUUCUUUGGGCUUCUAUAAACCCUAAUCCCUAAUCGUGUAGGUAAGUCCUUAUCUUCGUCGUUUCUCUCUAUCUGCGUAUACCUUUCAGUUUGUAGUUGUUCAAUGAUGGCUACAUAUCUGCAUGACGAAUUUCUUCUGUGAUUUUUUCCUUCUACUUUCAGUUGAACUCAUUUUCUUGCAAUUUUGAGCUUAAAUGGCUUCAUCUAUUACCACUCUACCUUUCUUUAUAUCACAUAAAACAUCUCCAAUUCAAAAACCUAGAUUUUCCUUGGAGAACUCUGUUUUAAUUUCUAAAGGCCCGUCUGAAAAGACAGCUUUUUGGGGGAAGACUUUGAAUUUGCAAGUUGGGAGUUUUGGUGGUGAAUUUAGGAAAAAUCAUCUUCGGUUUUCUCCGAUUCAAGCUUUGGUCAAGAGGAGGAAAGAGCUUCCAUUCGAUAACGUGAUUCAAAGAGAUAAGAAGCUGAAAUUGGUUAUGAAAAUCAGGAAGAUUUUAUUGAGUCAGCCUGAUAGGGUUAUGCAACUUCGUGAUUUGGGUAGGUUUAGAAGAGCAUUAGGGCUUCAGAGAAGGAGGCGGUUUAUUGCACUUUUGAGGAAGUUUCCAGGGGUAUUUGAGAUUGAGGAAGAAGGGGUUUUUUCUCUUAGAUUUAAAUUAACACCUGAGGCUGAGAGGUUAUAUUUGGAAGAGAUGAAGGUUAGAAAUGAAAUGGAGGAUUUGUUAGUUGUUAAGUUAAGAAAAUUACUGAUGAUGUCAUUAGAUAAGCGGAUUCUUGUCGAAAAGAUAGCUCAUUUGAAAAAUGAUUUUGGGCUUCCUUUAGAAUUCCGUGAUACAAUUUGUCAACGGUAUCCACAGUAUUUCAAGGUUGUUAGAACCGAAAGAGGGCCAGCUUUGGAGUUAACUCAUUGGGAUCCUGAACUUGCAGUUUCGUUUGCUGAGCUCGAAGAAGAAGAGAAUCUGGCGAGAGAAGCAGAAAAGAGGGAUUUGAUCAUAGACAGACCACCAAAGUUCAAUAGAGUUAGGCUGCCGAAGGGUCUUCAACUUUCAAAGGGCGAAAUGAGACGGAUAUCUCAGUUUAGAGACAUUCCUUUUGUUUCGCCUUACUCGGAUUUCUCUGCAUUGAAGCCUGGUACAGCGCAAAAAGAAAAACAUGCUUGUGCAGUUGUACAUGAGAUCUUAAGCAUGACAGUUGAGAAGAGGACCUUAGUUGAUCACCUUACUCAUUUUCGUGAGGAGUUUAGAUUCUCUCAACAGCUUCGAGGGAUGCUUAUAAGACACCCUGAUAUGUUCUAUGUAUCCCUUAAAGGAGAUCGGGACUCUGUUUUUCUUAGAGAUGCGUACCGUGAUUCCCAAUUGGUUGACAAGAAUCGUUUGUUGCUCAUUAAAGAGAAGCUUCGGGCACUGGUUUCUGUUCCACGUUUUAGAGGACGUGUGGUGAAAACUGAUUCGGAUGUUGGUGAGCAAGAAGAGGAGGAAGAUGAUGAUUGGUCAGAUCUUGAUGAUUUAGUGAGCAAUGAAAUGGAUGACAAUGACGAAGAUGAUGAUGAUGAUGAUGGCAUGCCUCCUGAUUUUAACGAAGAUGAUGAAAGUGUGAAAAUGAGCCAAAGCAAACAAGCUAAGAAGGAUGAAAAUAAGGUUCUUGAUCCUGUGUUCCCAGAUGGAAAACCAAGAGAACGCUGGUAAUGUUUGAUAUCAUGUUGCCUUUUUUAACAGGUGAGGUUUAUCCCUGCACCAGGCCAUAAGGGUGAGUCUUUCAUGUGGGUUUGGGUGAUAAGACCAUAAGGAUGAAUCUUGGAGACAUGGGUUUGAGUCAUAAGACCAUAAGGAUGAAUCUUGGAGCAAAAAGGUAGCUGCUUUGUAUCCGAGAAGCCAUGGGUUUGAGUCAUGGUAGCUUUCUUUUUAUAGUAUGCAAGAAAAAAACUUGGUACAAAUACUUUGAUAAGUUUUGUUAUGGGAAUGCACCAGUAUAACAACUCAUUUGUAACAAAAUGAAAUGGUAUAUGCAGCCAGAACUCAAUUGGUAUCAGUAAAUGAUUUCUAAUGUUCAACUUCGAUUAUAUACUUGUAAUCUUUUAU